CUAGAUUUACCGCUUGCCAAACCAGGCUUUAGAAAAAAAUGAAUAGCAUAAGUACAGAAUGUCAACAACUCAAAGAACAGUAUGAUGCAUGUUUUAAUAAAUGGUUUUCAGAAAAAUUUCUGAAAGGAGUCACUAAAGACGAAUGUGCUCCACUGUUUGAAGUCUAUCAAGAAUGUGUCAAAAAAGCAAUUAAGGAACACAAAAUUGAUCUCUGGGAACUAGAAAAACCAGUGCUAGGAACAGAUCACGAGAAAAAGGAUCCAAACUGAUGCAUAUGAAACUGAAGAUUCAAAUGGAGCAAGAAAGGCUUAAAUAUCCUAAGUGUCCUUUACCCUUGACACUUAGAUACUGAAGGAAGUUUAGGAUGUGAAACUAAAUAUUUUGUUACUAUUUCAAGCCUUAGAGAUGAUUACUGUAUUUUGUGGAAGAAUGUGAGAAGAUUAAACUAAAGGACCCUUUUUGCACUUAUUACAGGGUACUUCUGACUGAUCAAACAUUUGAAAUUUGCAAUAAAUUGUUUUACUUAACUUGCAAUUAUGUCAAGAAUUCUUAGCUUUGUACAUAGAUAGAACCAUGAUAGAGUGAUUGAAAACAUGAUUUGCAUGUAUUUUCAGGGCCAUCAAUCUUUCUGAUUUGGGUCUGAUAAAUGGGCUUUUGCCAAUUGGGAGAACUCCCAAAAUUCCCAAUUUAAUUAUUAGUACACUGUAUCUAGAAAUUCACAAUAUCACAAAAUGUAUUUGUGUGUAUGUAAAAAAAAAUUGUGUCUGUUUAAAACCUAAUUUAUCCUA